AUAUUUCAUUGUUUUGUAGUCGCUCUCUAUAUUUAGAUAUCCAUUUUCUCACGUUUUAUAAAUUAUUUUACACAUUUACAGAUAUUAUUGUAGAUAGUAUAAAUAACUCUUACACAUCAAUUUUAUUUAUAUAAGUGAAUAUGGGGCGGAAACCACAGUCAAAGCCAAAUGAAAAAGAAAACAAAUUUAAUCAGCUUAAACGAAAAGAACUUUCAAAUAUUGUGCAGAGGCUGUUAAAUUUAACAACAGUAUUUUAUGGAACGGGUAAUGCGACCAAAGUUUGGGAUCAUCACAAAGAAAUUGAUCCCCUUAUCAAGGAAAUUACUAAUUUGGAAAUUUCCCCAAAAAAGCCGCAAAUAGUGUCACGACAAGCCAAUAUAGAAAAGUAUGUCAAUUGGUUAAAAGAGAAUGGAGCAGAAUUUGAAGGUGUCGAAAUAGCUGAAUUUGCUGGCUAUGAUCUCGGCUUGAAAGCACUUAAAGAGUUUCAGGAAGAUUCCCUAAUCCUGACUAUACCGCAAAAAGUUAUGAUGACUGAAAAGGAUGCACAUAAAUCAGAGCUGUCGGAGUUCAUAAAGCGAGAUCCGUUGAUGCAAAAUAUGCCCAAUGUGACAUUGGCACUCUUUCUGCUACUUGAGAAAAGUAAACCAGAUUCAUUUUGGAAACCAUACAUUGAUACUCUGCCGGAGAAAUAUUCAACUGUUCUGUAUUAUGAUUUGGAAGAAUUUGCUGAACUGAAGCCAUCACCAACAUUUGAGUCAUCACUGAAACUGUUCACAAAUAUAGCGAGACAAUAUGCAUACUUUUGGCACAAAAUCAACAAACCAGAUGUACCUGUUUUGAAAAGUUUGCAGGAUAUAUUUACUUUUGAGAAUUACAGAUGGGCGGUGUCAACAGUGAUGACGCGGCAGAAUCACAUACAGCUUGCUGACCAAAGCACUACGGCGUUCAUACCUCUGUGGGACAUGUGCAAUCAUGAACAAGGAAAGAUAACGACAGAUUUCAACAAAGAUCUGAACCGAGGCGAGUGUUACGCGCUGCGAGAUUUCAAUGCGGGAGAUCAAAUCUUCAUUUUCUACGGCCUGAGAUCUAAUGCUGAUCUGUUUCUGCAUAAUGGUUUUGUGUACCCAAACAACGAAUACGAUUCUCUUUCCCUGGCUCUGGGAGUGAGCAACAGCGACCCCUUACGAGAGGCUAAAAUGACGCUACUGAAGAAACUGGGCCUCGCAAAUCUGACGCAUUACAAGUUGUAUAAGAAAGAAAACCCAAUCAGCCCCGAAUUGCUGUCGUUUAUACGGAUAUUUAAUAUGAAUAAAGAGGAACUGGAGAAAUGGAUGCAAAACGGUCUACCCGGUGACUUGGUGUCUUCAGAAGUGGUUAGUGCAGAAGAAGUUGGUGUUGAUAUCGAUGGUCGUUCUUACAAAUAUCUGCUGACUCGAUGUGAACUGUUAAUGGCGGCUUAUAAGAAAUUGGAGAACAAGGAAGAGGCUGCUAAUUUGAAUAGGAAGAAUAUAAAACUCCUCAAGGACUGUGAAGUACAAAUGUUAGAGUGUGCCAUCAAGUACUUGAAUUCUGUUUUAGAAACACUCCCACCGAAGAAAGAAAAUAGUUAAAUUAGUAAAUCGAUUAUUAAUAUAAGAAUUAAUCAUGUAAUAAUUUUUAUUAUGUCGAAUUUAAUAUUUUUUAACAAAUCAUAGCAGUAUUCUUUUACAAAUUUUUUUUGUUACCUUUUAUGUGUAAUGCUGGCAUUUUGUUACUUUAUUGUGUGACUGCUUUAUGAAUUUUUAAUAUACAUGUUGUUUUAAUAA